AUGUAUAAAAUGAUACUUUGCGUUAGCAUUUAUAUCCAGCCUCUAUAUUUCUAUGCAAAACUAGAAACAAACAUAAAUGCCCUGGAAGCCGAAUUAAAAACUGCAAAUGAAAAAAUAACCCAACUGAGUCACGAGUUGCUAAAGAAAACCGAAUUAAUUCAAAUAUUAACAAAUGACGUUGAAGAAUCAUGCUCAGAAAGCGGUACACCUAUGGGAGUCCGUAGUAUUAACCUCGACGUAAUGCAAAAGCGAAUAACAUCCCUAGAAGAUGAAAACAAACAGCUAAAAUGUGAGUUUACAAAGCUUGUCCACGAGACAGAUGAUUGCGAGGCGCAAGAAGCCAAAUUAGUGAAGGACAUAGCAAACCAAUUGGCAAACGCCAACAUGGAAGUCGACGGGUUCGUAGAAGAGCUCGAAAGACAGAGAGAGGAAAAUCGUCUUCAACACGAGCAAAUAAUGAGCUUGACCGCCAAGUUAGCCGAGACAGAACUCCGACUAGCUCAGUUGAUGACCGAGCACGACGAGGUAAGCUCCAACCUAGUUAUUACUCGCGAAAAUCAAAACACUCUCGCCGCAGAGCUGGCUGAUUUCAAGGACAAGUACGCAGAGGUCGUUAAUUUACUCGCUGAGACCCAGGAACAGUUACGAAAGCAGCGUAAAAAAGGCAUGCCUACCGUCAGAGGUGGUUCAUUUUUCCCAUCAAUGGGUGCUGUACCCCAACCAGACUCUAUAGCGUCAGAACUGGAGUCUUCUCUUUACUCCGAGUUCAGUCUCGACUCCGGAAUCAGCAGCGAUCGCAUGCCCACUUACAAAAAGGUCUUUGAAACAGUUAGGAGCGCCUCACGAGUGUCUUACAGCGGUCCGGACGCCAAUCAGUUCCCCAGGAUAGGUUCAAUGACCACCUCAACAUUGUCCUCAGGCACGACUGGUCCAAGAAUGAGCUGUGGACCAUUUAAGCCUCAAUUAGGUUCAGGUUUUCCUAGUUUAGACUCAACGGGCCAGAGCGACAGUGAAGGAUCUUUACUAACAGACUCUGAAGAGUACCCGGGUCCUCAUCCAACUGGAGUUCCUGGAGCUCCGGGAGCUGCUGAUCUAGAAGCAGCUCUCCGGCGGCUCACUCCAGCUGAAGUGAUAGUCCGACGUGCAUGUUUAAGUACCGGCGCUGGGUACAAUUACGAUUACGACGGCGGGGGUAUUCAUUCUCCCUCUACUUAUCUGCCUUUUGGCUGCAGAACUCCGGAUAGUAUUAUGUCCACAGGCAGCUACGGGAAUCUCAGUGGGUUUAGUGGUAACUCAUCCAGCUGGCGGCUUCCAGAAAAAUUGCAGAUUGUUAAACCCUUGGAAGGCUCCCAGACGUUGCAUCAUUGGUCGCAAUUAGCUACUCCGACUCUAGGAGGGCUCUUGGACGAGCGUCCGGGGGUUAAGACUCGGGGUGGUAGGGGAUUAGAGGAUUUAGGGCUGGAGACUUUUACUCUAGCUGACCUUGAGGAAGAUGAGGAGUAUGCUAAUCCUGGAAAAUUGUUCCAAGAUACUGGCUCGGUUUACACACUGACUAACAGCACUGUUCUCCAUCCGGAGGAUCCGUUGCUUAUGAGCUCUAGUUUGAUGGGCAGCAGAGUUGCUACUGCGCCUAAUAGUGUAAUUAAUUCUGGCAUGAGCACUCCGAGGACUUUGUCUAGGCGUAAUUCCACUUCGACAUUUUCUACGACAUUAGGUUUGGCUAAAAUGCUCAAUGAAAGAGGGAUUAAGGGUGUCACCUUGUCCUGUGCUACCACUCCUAGUGGGGAGAAAAAUUUUACGCCCACCGCGACACCUUGUAACAGUCCGGAUGGAACUCCACCGUCUUCUAGGCCAACUUCGCCGGUUCCUUACAGCAGUAUGUCCUUUGGACUCUUCAGUAGUGGUGCUGAACUUUUGAAGAGGACGUUUGGCAGCGAGCCGGUGUCAACGCCAUCUACUUCACAGAAGAGGAAGAAGAAGCCGCUGUCCAGGACUGAGAAGAAAGCACUUGCUGGGAUUAGAUUGGUGGAGAAGCUUGAAAGAAUGGGAAUUGACUCUAUCAUGGCGGCUAAUACUAAUUCCUCGUUGUCGCCACUUGCUCUGCAGGGAGCUUUGUGCACUAGGAGGUCUGUGGAGAGUCCCAUGGCGCAGUUAAUGUCGCUCAAGGGAUCUAUGUCUACGGAGAAAAUAGGAUCUUCUUCUUCUGGAAGUGAAUCGGCUUUUCAUUCUAUGUCCAAGGAUGAGAAGAAGUCCAGGGGUAAUUCGAGGGGGCAGUUGGCCAGGCAAAGAAGGGCAGGUGCUGGGGCUACUAGACCUGAUCUGGGACAAGUUAAACCUGCGGUUCCAGCUCCGGCUACUACUAAGGAAUCUGCGACGCAGUCCGCGCUGGGGACUAUUAGCUCACUUCUUUUUGGACGUAAAGGCGGACUUCUGUAA